UCGGCAGUCGUGAGCUCUGCGGGUCCCACCCCCCUCCUCCUCCCCCGAAAUCAAAUCCUCUCUAGGGUUUAACUAAUACCCCCUCUCAAAAUCUCAUCUUUUUAGCUCAUCACUCAAAACGAUGCAGUCUCUUUCAGUAACAAACUCAAGCACCUCUCCGAUCUUUACUUCACCCAGAAACCAUCCGAAUUUUCCAACCAAAACCUCCCCAAACUCUUUCAUCAAGGGAUCAUCAUCCCUCCAUCGCCGUUGUUUCUCGAGAUCUCACUCGAAGAAAUGGCGGAGGCGGUCGAGCACCAUGAGCGCUUCAUGGCUGUUCAGUGGCGGCGGCGGAGGCGGCGGGAACGAGACGGAGGCGGGCUUGGAACGGAGCGAGGCUGCCAACGAGGACGUCUUGAUGUUCUUCUUUCAGUUGGAUUUGGCGACCCGAGUCCAGUGCGCUCUCAAUAUGGAGCAGUACGAUGCGGCUAAGCAGCUGAGGAGCAAGCUCACUGAGGUCGAGACGCAAAUAGUUAAGCAGCGGGAAGAGAAAAGGGGGUCGUCGUCGAAGAGCGAGGCUCAAGAUAAGGCGAUUACUCUUUUGCGCCUGCGGGCAGACUUGCAGAAAGCAAUUGAUAAAGAGAACUAUGCUUUGGCAGCUGAUUUACGUGAUCAAAUCUCUAAACUAGAGGCUGAAUCUUUGGCAGCAUCAGCAAAAGCUCUUGCCUAUGAAAAUGUACAAUAUGCAUUUCGGUUAGGACAGAAAGUAAGGCAUAAGAAAUUUGGAUAUCGAGCAGUAAUUUGUGGCAUGGAUCCUGUGUGCUGUGAAUCAAGUUCGUGGAUGGAGCGUGCACAGAUUGAUAAGUUGCUUCAAGGGCCCAUUCAGCCAUUUUAUCAGGUCCUGGUUGAUGUACAUGCAGACCCAAAUUUGCUUGUUGCUUAUGUGGCAGAGGAGAAUCUUAUAGUCAAUGACCAACCAGACAUGGAUAGAUUUGAUCACCCUUAUGUUUCUUUCCUCUUUUAUGGGGAGGACUCUGCUGGGGACUUUAUCCCAAUUAAGCAACUUCGCGAGAAAUACAACAGGCCUCGUCAUGAAGUUCCUAUGGACAUGAAUGAUGAAGAUGAUGGAAAGAAUAUUUAAGCUUUUCAAGAAUCAAAUCCAAAAUAUGCCUCUGUGACUCAUUUCCUUUUCUCCUCUCCAGGACCCUUCACCACAAUCAGAAACGAACAGAAGGACGAAGUUAACCUAUUGUAUAUACUAAUUGUAUAUGUUUUAUCAGUUUCUGACUUUGCUAAAAGUGAGUUAACAAUUUAAUUUAAUUUUUUGGAAACCAA